UCCCCGCACACGUGUGGUAAACGUUUGGACUUGCAACUGUCUGCAUGUAAUUCAGUUCGGAGAGUUCGUAUAGCUACUGAAUAUUACUUAUAAAACAAUACCUCGUGUCUGGGAGCCCUUUCAAACCCAGGUGAAGGAAAUACUCCUCCGUGAAGCAUUUCGCCGAGAGGGUCAGAAUACCAGAUAAACAACUCAGAAUGACUGAAGCUCAAGUGAACCCAAAGGCCUACCCGCUGGCCGACGCCACGCUGACCAAAACUAUCCUGGACCUGGUGCAGCAAGCCUCUAACUACAAGCAGCUGAGGAAGGGAGCUAAUGAAGCCACUAAAACCUUGAACAGAGGCAUCGCUGAGUUCAUUGUGAUGGCUGCUGAUGCUGAACCACUGGAGAUCAUCCUCCACCUGCCACUGCUCUGCGAGGACAAGAACGUCCCUUACGUGUUUGUCCGCUCCAAGCAGGCCCUGGGCCGGGCCUGUGGGGUGUCGCGCCCCGUCAUUGCUACCUCGGUCACCAUUAAGGAGGGGUCUCAGCUCAAGCCACAGAUUCAGUCUGUUCAACUGGCUAUUGAGAGACUGCUCGUGUGAGCUUUGUUGCACUGUUGUGAUCAAGUCUCCUGAAGGAAGGGGAAGAUGAAUUCCAGUUUGAAAGUAAUCCUAUUUUCUGUUUGGUUAAAAAACAGAUAUUAUGCAUGGAAAGGAAAUAUAGAUGUUUUUUUUAUUUUUUAGGACAUUGUGUCCACUUCAGUGUAUCGGUUUGCUAUGGCAUCACUGGAUUCAUAAUAAAAUCAUUUUGUAUGUAAACCUG